CCGGGCAGGGCGGGAGUCGGCGCUGCGAGAGGAGGUCCGGAGCCCCCCGACCCCAACCUUGCAGCCCCCUCCGAGGGUGUGCAGCGCUGCGUGCAAGGGGCCGGGCUGGGCCGGGGUCCCGCGGGGACCCCUCAACUUUUCCUGGACCCAGGGCAGCCGCAGCGGCCACCGGACUCCCGGGGCUCGGCUGUAGUGGGGGACCCGGACCCUGGGGAGAAGGCUUCCGAGAGACAAAGGCUCUGCCCCGGGGCCGUGGGCGUGGGUCGGCGCCCCUGAGGUCUUUGUGUGUCUGCUUACACGUGCAUCUCGCGUUUGUGGGUCUUUGGGAAUUUUGUUCCGGGGACGUGCACCUCUGUCUCGCGGGACGCUCCUCUGCCUGUGCCUUUGUGUGUCCGUGGACGCGGCUCUGCGUGUCUGUUUCGCCCCGGUGCCCAGGUUCUGGGGGUCCGCCUUUGGUUGGGGGUGUUGGUGGGCGCAUGGUUUUGUGUCCGCGUAUGUGGUCUGGGUCUGCCGACGUGUCUGGGCUGGGUGUCCGUGAAAUGUGUGCGUGCCGAGAGUCAGACGCCGCCCCAACUCUUCGCUCCCCUGCUGUCCACCCGGGCCUCCGACUUGGCUGCAAACUUUUCUCCCGGUUCCUCGGGCAACAGCCCGGUCCUCCUCCUGGCGGCAGCCCGGGCGGGGGGGCGCUGGUAGCCGCCCCCUUUUUCAGCUUCUGCGGUCCUUAGGACCGCGAGGGGACGGGGGUGGGGGGAGGUCGGCAACGCCUGGGAUAUGGCGGGGGGCCAGGGCUAGGCGGAGCGCCCGACACCCCCACCGAACCCGGCUGGGAGGAGAGAGGGAAGCGGGAGGAGAGGAGAGAGCUGCCCGACCCACUUUUCUUGGAGUGUGUGUGUGACUGAGAGAGACGUGUCUGCGUGGCCGAGAGGCCGGCCCCAGCCUCCCGCUCCGCUUUGAGAUCCGAUCCUAUUUACAUCCCGCCCCUGAGGUGGGGGGAACCAGUCCUCCCAUCCCGAAGGUGAGAAGGCUACGGCUGGCAAGCCUGGUGUUGCUGUGCGCAUCCAGAUCCUGGCCCGCCCGUGGCGCUGGCUCCCAGGACCCCGAGACGGGCUGCAGGGGAGUAGGACCGUGCUGGUUUUGAAUGGAGCAGCCACUGGUCUGCUGUACUGCUCUGGGCAGGUUGUGGAACCCCAGAGUCGCAGUCACCCUGUUAUGGACGAGGGAGGGUGAGAUGUCCUCCCUCGCGGCGAUGAGCGUGUGGUCGGGAUAACCAGAGAGGCUGGAGCCCGGAGCAGAGCUGAGAGUAGUGCCCGCCCACACUUGGCCCGGGUCAGGAGGUGACUCAGGAACUUCUCCGAUCCUUCUUCCCCGCUGGCGUUGCCCUUUGGAUAUGACCAGACUUGCAGAGCCCAGGACUGGCCCUAGGGGGAGGGCUCAGAGAGGCCGGGGACUGCUGGGAUUCUAAUCAGAGUCGAAAACCCGAACACCUCCCUUCACCCAAGUCUAUAACCUAGAGCUUUGCCAGACAAUGAAGAUUUGAGGGAGGGGCACUGGCCACUCACCUGAAAGGGAGGCACCAUGGGCACUUUCCGUUCCCUCUCUGGGCCUCAGUUUCCCCAUCUGGAUAGGGGGGAUGUUGACACCCUUUCUUUUCCCUUCCCCUCUGGCUGAUUGCUUGAGAUCCCAGACCCCUUAAAUCUUGAUGUUUAACACAUACCCCGUUCUGACUUGGGCAAUUCCCAUGCACUAAUUUGCCCUUCUGAAGGGGUGGGGUACUGUCUUCCACGUUCCGGAGGCUGCAGUGAUAUAGACCUGGAGCCCCUGGGCCCUGGGGCUGGAAGAGAGGAAGGGAAGGCAGCCUGGGGAAGCUGGAGUACACCGGCUUCUACCUACCUUUCCCCAGCCACCGUGUUGGAAAGCAAUAGCUGAGCAGUUAAUCAAAAAUGAGUCAAAGGGAGGAGAUUGGCAGGGUUUUUUUUUACUUAUCUUUUAAGCAAUAGAUUAUGGGUGAGUAGAAUCUGGAUCAAUCUUCUUUACUUUUGGAUGUCUUAAGUGUUCACCCAUCUUUUCUCAGGACAAGUCUGAGCACCGAGGAUGCAUUGGUAAAGAGGGGGCUCAACCUACCCUGGAAGCCCCUGGUCAAAGCAAUCCUAGGAGGGGUGCCAUGGGAACAAGCUGAGGGAGGGUGCCUGACUGAGGGAGUUACUUUUGCUCAGGUUUUUGAAGUCCAUGAAUAAAAAGGGAGGCAGGAAGGGUCUCCCAAAGAGGGAACAGCACAUACAGGGCUUCUCGUGCUUUGCAAACAGCACAGAGGUGGUCAGUAUUGUGCACUAUCAGAUGCAGGGUCUUGGGGGGUAGGGAAAUGGAAUCGAAUGUGAGGCUGGUAGGGAAGGCAGGAGCCAAGGCAGGGGCCAAUUCACAAGGGCCUUGAAUGCUAGGCCUAGGAGUUGGGCUUUGAAACUGUAGGCAGUGGGGAGCCCCUGGAGAGUUCACAUAGGCCCAGCAGGGUGGGAUUGGUACUUCGAAGAAACCUUCCUGUAGCUUGGGCAUAGUCCUGGAAGCUUCGAGACCAGUCUGGAGAGUCAGCUGAACCUGGAUUGUACUCUCACUCCAUUAGCUUCAUAGCUCUGUGGCCUUGGACAAGUAACUUAACCUUUCUGAUUCUCAGUUUCCUCAUCCUUGUGAGGUAGUAAUUCCUACCUCAUAGACCUGUUGUGAAUGUUAAAUAGGAUAAUGAAUUACAUGUGCUAAUAAAAAGGAAGCGUGCUUUAAUAUAUGUUACAUUGUUCAGACAUUUGUUGGGUUAUACUGAUAAUUGAAGGCAGAGACAGCAUCCACUGUGGUCCUAAACCUGAUUUCACCUUGUGGUGAAGCCUUAAGUAUCCUGCAAGGCCUGGGCCAAUUGUUAUCCUCCUCAAGCAGAAGGAAGCCUCUGGCCACAUUUCACUCAUCUGAUUAUCCCAAACUUCACAUGACCAGGCCCAGUGCAGGAGAGAAGCUAAACACAGACCGUUUUGGAGAUAGCCACGGACCUUGAAGUGGGUUCGUACCAUGGACGGGACAGCCCAGGGACUGGGGACCAAGGGGCAGGGUGUCCCUUUGCUGGAUGAGGGUUAGGUUAUACUGGGAACAUCGCAGAGAGGAGAUGCCUUUUGAAUCAAAUGAGUGGGAGCUUGCAUGGCAGGCAGAGAAAGGAAGGGCAUCGUUGUCCUCUUUGUAGAGGGAACAGCCUGUGCAAACACAUGGGGCUAGAAGAGUCCUAGGUCUCUGGACUAGAAAGCUCUCUUUAUGGCAAGGGCAUGGUGGUGAGUCCAGUUCUUCUGUUGGAAAGUGCACUCUGGUGCCCAGCAUGGCUGGCGGUUGGAGGCAGGGGACCAGGAGUGAGGCUGUUGCAGCCAGCCAGCCCAGGAGGCCUCCUGAACCCUAGCUUGGCAGGGUGAGGUGACUUUGGGGUUAGGGAGAGGGAAGACAGUGACCUGUCUGUCCAGAAGUAGCUGAUGGAUUUUACGCCAAGCUCUCAGUUUAUCACAGACAACACAACUGUGUCAGCCUGUUUAGGCCCCUGUAGACCUUUCCAGCUCCCCCUGUCAAGCCUUCUAAUUCCCCAUUAGAACCUGGUGAGCAACUUGUAGCCCCAACAGGCCCCUGGAUGUGCACUGAGAGGGAAUCCAAGGCCUCAGAGGACAAAUUUGGAUUCUUCUCUACCCUCUGCCUUUGCCUUGCCUCUGGCACAGCUCCUUUUUCUUUCCUGGCCGCUGAAAUCGCCUAUUAGUGUCUACGAACCAACACGGAGCACCAGUGUGUGCCAGGCACUGGGCUGAGUCUUCCCUGUACCUCAUGUAAUCAUCACAGUGACCCAUUGGGAGCUAUGUAGGAUUAUCACCAUGUUGCAGAUGAAGACUCAAAGGGGUGAGGGCACACCCACAUCUCAGCAGGUAAGUAGAGGCAUUGGGGUUGGAGCCCAGUCUCCCUGGCUUCAAAACCCAUUUCCACUACUCCACACUACUUCCCCGUGUGUCCACACAUGCUACUUCAGACCAAAGGGAACUUUAAAAUCUUCAAGAAGAAGAUAUGUUGGAAGGAGAAAAUAGUAUUGGGAGCCUUGCCGUUUUCCCUACAGACUCACCUCCUUGGAGUGAGGUUACUGGGCUUCCAAGCCCCACCUGUACCAGGGGCGAUGUCAUGGAGGAGGGCACCAGUGGGAGUCAGAGUACCUGGGUUCUGCAUCCAGUCUGUGUUCUCACUGGCUUUGUGACUCUGGACAAAUCACUGUCCUUCUAUGGGCCUCUUUAUGCAGCUUUAAAAUAGCUGUGAUGCCCUCUAAGCUGCUAACCUUGCAGGGUGGCUAAGGGAGAAUGGUUGAAGGAGCACUGGGGUUGCUGAGAGAUGUCCUCCCCUUUGGUAAGGUCAUAGCAUUCUGAAUGCCUGGUGUAUCUUCGUAUGAUACCCUUUCUGGGUCAGGCCCAGUGCUCAGCACCAAGGGCAUAAAGGUGAAUCUGACCCCAUCCUUGCCCAGGAAGACAGACAAACAUGUAGUUAUAGUCCAGCAUGCUCAGCACUAGGGUGUCAUCCACACGUGCCCAUUUGUAAGUUGAGGCAAAGUGGUAUAAAGAGCACUGGAUGUGGAGCUAAGGUGUCUGGAUUCUACUCCUGGUUCCUGUGCUACCAAUCUGAAUGCUCUCUGUUUCCGUGUCUGAAAGAAUAGGGACGGUAAUCCCCAUGGUCAAGAAAUGUGGCGAGGCAGAAACGAGAUGCUGGUGUGGAAGUGUGUGGUGAGCUGAUGUGUUUGUACAGAUGUGCGGCAUUAGCAACACUGUUGGGGAGAGCCAGCCUCGGGUCUCCCAGAGUUUGGCCUUAAAUUCUUUCUGCCUUGCGUUUCCAGGGCUGACUAAGUGGUUGAAAGGCAGGACUUUUAUGAAAUUUCCACCUAGGGAUUUUGUUAGCGUCAGCUGAAGUGAGAUCAUGACAAAGGGGAACAGGGUAGGAGGCAGCACAACAUUGAAGAGGCAAAGGCCAGCUCAGGAGGGUGAUGGGACCCUGGUCCAGGCCCAUAGUCAGCCUCUCACCUACCUUGUUCCUGUGCCAGGGCCUCCCUGUUGAGGUGGUGGGAGUGGGCAUAUUCUGUGAGCAGCACCGGGGCAGGCAGCUUGGGCCAGGAGGGUCUGAGCUGGAAGCCCUAGCCCCAGAGAGGUCUGGGAAAGUGAUUAGAGAAUGUCAGCACAGUCGCGUACCUGCUGGGUGCUUGGCUCUGCAUCAGGCUUUUGAGUGGAGAGGAGGGUGAAGAAUAACAUGGCCACCGCCUUCAGGAAGCUUAAUAAAUCAUCAUUGUCUACCAUGCAUUAAGCACUUAACAAAUGGCAAGUAUUGAGCUGAAUUCUUCACAUUUUGUCAUUUAAUCACUUUGACAAUCCUGUAUUCUUCUCAUUGAGGAAACCUAUCUUCAACUAGGUUGAGACUUGCCCAAGGCUAGUAGGUGACAGAGCUGAAGUCACACCUGGGUCUGAGGCCAGCUCUUGACUCUUAACUGGUUGGCUCUUCACUCACCCAGCAGUAUUUGCCAACUACAGGCCUGGCUCUGACCCCAGGUGUGGGUCAGGGACAUUCAGGUGAAGAAGGUAAGGUGAUAGCCCCAAGUUGUUAAUACUUCAAGCUGGGAAAUGGGUAGAUAAAUAAUGGCAGAGAAUUUACUCAGUACGCGUCUGAAGAAGGUAUACAGAUAGUGUGUGGCAUGAGAGGCCCAGGGAUCAAGGGAGGGAGGGAGAAGUGGUUCAGGAGCCCAAGUGGACAGAACAGGCUUUGUUUUUCCGGGGGAGGGGGGGUGCCAGGCCAGGCCUGGCGGAUAUGUGGUGCUGGCAGCAGUAUGAGGCAUCGGGACCCAGGGUCCUGCUCUGCUGUUUCCUUGUCAUCACUGCCCCUCUCUGGGCCUCAGUUACCCAUGAUCUCCACGUUGCCUUCCAGCUCCCAAGCCCUGGAAUUCUCUGACUUUGUGAGAAGUGGGAUUGAGCAGAGGCUGAGAGUUGUUUCAGAGGUCGUCAGCAUCAAGGCCAUUUCUGCUAAACCCCAUUGAGGGGCUCAGUCGGCAGAAGGUAUAGAACAAGGUUGGGGAUCACUCGCAGAGGCCUCUAGCACCAGGGAGAACUUGUUUCCUAGAGGUACAAGUAGAGCCCAAGAGGUUUUUUGGUAAAGGUAGUGACAUGGCCAAAGCUGUUUUAGAGAGGUGUAUCACAGCAGGGUCAGGGGUCACUUGGUAGGGAGACCUGCCUGGAGCCUGUUAUAACCAUACCAUUUACAUUUGUUUCUGCAGGCUAUCAGCACAGCUUUUCUUAGAGCCACUGUGGGCCUGGGCCUGUGGGCACAGCAAUGAUUGAGUCAUGGCCCCUUCCUGGAGGACCUUACAUUAUGACCUCCCAAAUCAGGGUGGAUCCAAUUUCUAAGCCUCAUCCUCCUGCCCUGAUAUUCUGUAACCUGUUUGGGCAGUGGGUGUCCUCUAUCUGUAGGUUGGAGUUUGGAAAAGAAAUGAUGAGUCUUGGCCCAAAGAUCCCAUUCUCCCUCGGGUUUCUUUGGUAGCCACCUGUCUGCCUUUUUCUUUCCCCAUUCAGGGCAGUCCCUCACUGUGUGUUCCCCAAGGAUGGUGCAUGGCCCCCUAAGGGAGGCAAUAGUAAUACUAUUUUACAGAUGAGAACACUGAGGCUCAAAGAAAUAAAGCAAACUACAAAGGUCACACAGCUAGUGGCAGAGCAGGGACUAGAAUAUUUGUCUCCUGGGUUCAAGAGUUAUCUCAAGUGUUAGUUAUCUUUUACACUGUCUUUUAUCCCCAUUGCUAGUCUGCACCCCGCCCUACCCCCAGCAUGGCCUAGCACAGUGCCUUGUCCUUGGUUGAGAUUUAGUAAAUGCUUUUGCUAAAUUUUAAAAUCCUGAAACGCUGAAGCUGUAUUAUCUAUACUAAAGCCCUCAUUGUGAAGCUGGAGAAACUGAGGCUCAAGAAGGGAAGGGACAUGUCCAAGGAUUUGUACAGUCCAUGGCACAGCAGGGCUUAAGACCCAGGGCUCUUGACUGUCCCCUGGGACUUGCCUCACCGCCAAGCUUAUCCACCCUGUCACCUCCCCCACCACCCUGUGAAGGAGGUGAGGAGGAGGGAGGUGGUACUUGGAUGCCCGGUCUAACUAGCUGGAUGCACCUUCUUGUGUGUUUAGCCUAGGAGAGACACAAGCACUCAGUGACUGCACACCUGCCAGGUUCCUGGCACUCUACUGGGCAUUUUAUACAUGUGCUCGCUGGUCCUCACAGCAACCCCUUGAGGAAGGGAUUGCUAUCUCCAUUUUAGAUGAAGAAACUGGGGCUGAAAGAGGAAGUCACUUCCCGAAGUUGCACAGUGACUCCUGCUCCCUUGUACUGCAUCCCCAGCAUUGUAGCUCCUUCAGAUCAGGAAGGAAAUUGAUUCUGGAAUGACAGUUUUCAUCUCGAGGGCCAACUCUGAUCAAUGGUUGGAGGCUUCCUAGAGAAGAGUUUUGCGGUCCCAUCCAGAUUCAACAGGAAGUAUACUAUGGCUGAUUAAUAAUGUCUGCAUCGCGUAGAGGAGUAGAGAGUUGGGAAGAAAAGGCAGCCUUUCCAUUACGUGGUUUCCACCCCUUGGUGGCUUGUGUUUCUAUAGGGGUGUUUGUCUUUCCAGACUGAUCUUCACAGCCAUCCUCUCUGAGGUUGACAGGACCAGCAUUGCCAUGCCAAAUUUUCCGUUGAAGGAACUGGUCCAGAUAGGUGAAGUGACAUGCUCAGUCUAUAUUGCAAAUUAGUCUUUGAGACCUCCUGGCUCUCAGCGAAGGCCUUUUCCUCUCCAUGGAGCUGAGGCUGGUGGUUUUGUCAAGAGGAACUCGCACUAUUCAUCCCGUCCCAGGCCCAUCAGCCCUGUUGAGAAACACAUCACAUUGUGGCCUCCGAAGCAAUAACUGCUCUCCAGAAGGGCACUGAUAAGAACUUUGACAUGUUAGAUACUUGUUUGCUGAAGGAAGGAGGAAGGAGGGUGUCAGGGGUCAGGCCCACCACUGGUCAUCACCCCUACCCGCUCCCUUGUCUUUGGAGGAAAGCAAGGUGGCGCAUAUUUACUGAGCUCUCCCUGUAUGUCCAGCAGCUUUCCAUCACCUCUCCUAUUAUCUCCUUUCAUCUGCACAACAGUCCUGUGAGGUGGAUGUUAACUUCUCCAUUUUACAAGAUGAGACUGAGGCUGGGGACAUGGGGUUGCAAACUCUUCUGAAUGUUUUUAUUGACUCCAUAAGUUCCCUAGGAGAGUUAAACAGUCCUCUUAAACGGGGUGGAGAGAACACUGGGCCUGGAGUCAGGAGGCCAGACCAUGAGCGUCAGUCCUGCCACAGCCUCAGUGGGGGUCCUCACACAAGUCACUGCAGAUUCUCUGGGCCUCAGUCUCCUCACGGGUAAAGGAGGGAUCCAAGCCCUGCUCUGUGGCCCUUGCAGCAUCAAAUGAGCAGAGGCUCUUUGUAGACUAUAAAGGGCUUUGCCCCAGGAAAAAGCAGUGCUCCUUCUCUUCCCUCAGUCUCCUUCUUGGAAAGUUCUGUCCAUCGCUUGUCUCCCAGGCCUUUUUCUUAAGGGGUGCUUGGAGCAGCAGUGCCAGACUUCAGCAUCUCUGAGAACCUGGAAAAUAAGGCACUCACAAGCAGGCCUUGGAAGCUCCCUGCCUUAUAGUUACCCCAAAGGAAACAUUUCCUCUGAGCAGACUUGGGGUGCUGGCUCUCAGAACUUCGGCUGAGGAGAACCACACAGCUCAAAGACCACUGUCCACCCUCUGCCUUCAUCUACAUCUUGGUCUAGAAGUUGUGAGGCCUCUAGGGGUUUUCUCCUGUCUUGUCCCUGCGGCCUUGACUGUGACUGACAGGGUCUGAGGCUAGGUCCACCUCAGCCACAGCUCUUCACAGUUUGCGGUGUGCUUCAGUGAGGGUCAAACUGACUUACGUGAGGAAGGCAGGGCAGAAAUGAUUGCCCUUUGGUAUAGAGGAUAAGGCCGAGGCCUAGAGAGGGGAAGCGUUUGGGCUGUGUUGGGCUGCCAGUUACAUAAGCAGGAGCUCAGGAGGGGCCACUUGGCAUUUAAUAGACACAUUAUAUAAUCACCUUUGGGAACCUAAGAGUAAUCUCAGGGCCCUUUGUGGGUGUUUGCUUAAACCCCAGGAAGGGUGGGUAUGAGCAGAUUGACUUGGCAGGGAAGGAGGGGCCUUUGGUGGUAAUGAACACUGUGGUGAGGAACUCUUCCAGGGGAACAAAGGGGGCCUGAAGCAACUUAGUAUUUUCCCUUUGGUUCCAGACAUUGGAACACUCUGUCCUACCUCAGCUGGGACCAAGCCCAGGAUGCACCUGGGCUGGGUUUAAUCCUCAAAUUGGCCUCUACAAAAGAAAGGGGCCAGGGAUGGGGGGGCCCAAGCUGGGGAAGAGCCCUGCUACUCCCUGCCCCUGGGCAGAGCCAGAGUGCGGAUCAAGUGACUGCCCCUUUAAAGUUUCAUGUAAGGCUGGUAACACUAUCCUGCUGCUCUCUCCUUCCCGCCCCAGUGCAGUAGGUGGCAGGUCCCUGGCCCUUUCCUCAUUCGCCCAUCCCUGAAGCCAGUGGGAGUGAUGGUGGGAGGAAGACAGGGCAGGGGGCCAGGGGGCAGGGACAGGGCCACUCAAGAUAAAGGGAUCUAGAGUGAGGCUUGGUGCCUUCUCCCAUCUCCCUGGCUGAGUGGCCACUGUGCAGGGGAGGGUCAUAACCACAGAUUGUCCAGUUAGAAGUCCUCAUUGCUCAGCCUUCUCUCAUCCUCAUGCUAGCACCACUGAGAAGAGGGAGCUCAGACGUUAUCCAAGGGAACUGCAGUGGCCCCUCCACCAUGCCGUGGCCCCUGCUGCUGCCCCUGCUGCUGCCGCUGGCCGUGACUGGGGCCCAGACGACCCGGCCCUGCUUCCCUGGGUGCCAGUGUGAGGUGGAGACCUUUGGCCUUUUUGACAGCUUCAGCCUGACGCGAGUGGAUUGCAGUGGCCUGGGCCCCCACAUUGUGCCUGUGCCCAUCCCCCUGGACACAGCCCACCUGGACCUGUCCUCCAACCGGCUGGAGACGGUGAACGAGUCAGUACUGGCAGGGCCAGGUUAUACCACACUGGCCGGGCUGGAUCUCAGCCACAACCUGCUCACCAGCAUCUCCCCCACUGCCUUCUCCCGCCUUCGCUACCUGGAGUCACUCGACCUCAGCCACAAUGGCCUGGUAGCCCUGCCAGCCGAGAGCUUCGCCAGCUCACCCCUGAGUGACGUGAACCUUAGCCACAACCGGCUUCGUGAGGUCUCCGUGUCCACCUUCACGACCCACAGCCAGGGCAGAGCACUGCACGUGGACCUCUCCCACAAUCUCAUUCACCACCUUGUCCCCCACCCUCCACGGUCCAGCCUGCCCACGCCUGCUAUCCAGAGUCUGAACCUGGCCUGGAACCAGCUCCAAGCUGUGCCCAACCUCCGAGACUUGCCCCUGAGCUACCUCAGCCUGGAUGGGAACCCCUUGGCUACCAUCGGCCCAGGUGCCUUUGCAGGCCUGGCUGACCUUACACACUUGUCGCUGAGCAGCCUGCAGGGUCUUCCCCAACUGGCGCCUUAUGGGUUCUGUGAGCUACAGAGCCUGCAGGUCCUGGACCUGUCAGGCAACCCCAAGCUCAAGUGGGCAGGAGCUGAGGUGUUCUCAGGCCUGGAUUCACUGCAGGAGCUGGACCUGUCGGGCACAGACCUGGUGCCCCCGCCUGAGAUGCUGCUCCAGCACCUCCCAGCACUGCAGCGCCUCAGCGUGGGCCAAGGUGUGCAGUGCCGGCGUCUGGUGCGGGAGGGCGCCUACCCCCAUCAUCCUGGCUCCAGCCCCAAGGUGGCGCUGCACUGCAUAGACACCCAGGAAUCUGCAGCCAGGGGCCCCGACAUUUUGUGACAAAAGGUGUGGCCCAGGGCCACAUAAGAGACUGCCGCCCUGAGCUUGCUUGGGUCCUGGGUAAUUUAUAUUUUCAUGUGCCAAUGCCAGUGGGGACCCUGCAGCGUCACUGCAGGAGCUGCGGACCUAGGGAGAGGCUUUGAACCUGAGGCCAAUACCCAGGAGCAAAGUCUUGCCCCUUUGUCUCUAUUGCCCCCCAAACCAUCAGCAGAGGGACUUCAAUGCCAAAUCAGACUCUGGUCCCUUCUUGCUGCCCUUCCCCAGUUGUCCCCAAAGUGCCUUCCCUCGGGCUUGGGCCGACCCGACGUGUGACAGGAGGGUGAAAGGGAGCCACCGCUGCAGGGCAGAGUUCAGUCCCACAGGGCUGAGUACCCCCUUAGGCCAUGGUCCAGUCACUCAGGGGCAUGAGUUUCUUUUAUGACAUAGCCUCCCUCAUCGCCCAGAGCACAGGGGCCCCACCAUCAUCCUUUUCUCUUUCCCUGGAACCCUGAAUAGAACCUUAGUUAUACAAGGGACUGGGGAGAAAAUCAAGUUUACCCUCCUCACAUGACAGCUGGGGAAACUAAGGCCCCAAAAAAAAAAAAAAUUUUUUUUUUUUUUUAAAGACCUAGAGAAGGAAAAAUGAUAAUCUGAGGUCCUACGAGGGCAGAGCCAUGACUAGAAUCCAGUCUCCUGCCUCCCAGCUAGGGCCCUUUGCACUUUCCUGUCUUCUCUUCCUGGGCUUCCCUUUGCUGCCAAGACCCACAUCCUGAUGUUUCUGCCCUUUCCCUGUCGUCUCCAGGAGCAGUGACAUUGGGGCAGGCAAGGGCCUCAGAGAUGGACCCUGGGCCCAUUGACCAGCUCUGUGGCAUGAGCUAAGCCAGCUCACCCCUCGGAGUCUCUAGAAGCUUGGGGCAUGCCAAUCUGUUUCUUAAUCUGGGGUUUGAUCCCCCAUCAUCAAGACUGGAAGUGUGCCCGCUGACUCUCAAGGCGCUGCUUCUGUAUGCAGGAAUUGAGGCAGUCCUGGAGCCCCAUAUGGCCACAGGAGCUCCAAGGGGCUGCCUGGUUUUAGUCCCCAUGGCCCAAGAGCCCCUCUCACCUUCUUGAGAAUGCAGCUGAAGGAGGCAGGGUAUCUACCACUCAUCUGUAUGCUUCAGCCCCAGGGUGGCAUCUCAGCUUCUCAGCGCUGGGUUCUUUCCUUUGUCUUCAUUUUAUAAAACUUGUUGCCUUUUUAAUGGCCUGUAACAUUCAACAACCCUGACUCCCACCCCCACCCCUGCUGGCAGGGGACGACGGAAACAACAUGUCAUUUGUAAAAGAAGAAAAAGUUGCAUUUGCUAACUUUUGUAAUAUUGUGUCCUGGGAUGUGUUGGGGAGGGGGGCAGAUGGAUGGAAGCCAGCUGUCAGUGGGCAUCAGGGGCUGGUCCCACAGAUGCCUACAGGGCAGGGCUGGUGAGGGCUCCAGCCUUCCCCAUUAGCCCUACCCAGCACCUGAUUGGUCCUUGGUUUAAUAAACAUUGUAAAGAGUC